GUUGCCAUCAAGGAGGGUUUCCUGCUGAAACAAACAUGGUCUUUUCAGCGUUGGCGUCGACGUUUUUUUCGCCUGAAACGUAAUAAACUUUAUUAUGCCAAGGAUCCCAAGAGUGAUGUAUUCGAUGAAAUCGACUUAUCCGAUUUAUGUACAGCCGAAUGCAGUAUUAAAAACGUAAAUCAUAGUUUUCAGGUUAUUACCCCCACUCGUUCAUUAGUAUUGUGUGCUGAAUCCAGACGCGAAAUGGAGGAUUGGUUAGGCUCACUGAAAUCGGCUUCCAUACCACCUCGCUCACGUGGCGACAGCUUUUUCAUUGAACAGCACGACAUCUUUGCCAAUCACCAUCACUGGUAUGCCACGUCACACGCACGACCCACUUACUGCAAUGUCUGCCGUGAUGCUUUGUCUGGAGUCACGUCGCACGGGCUGUCGUGUGAGGUCUGCAAAUGUAAGGUGCACAAGCGUUGUGCCGCCAAAGCCAUUGCCAACUGCAAAUGGACCACCCUGGCCACGGUGGGUAAGGAUAUUAUAGAAGACCAAAAUGGCAGCAUUGUUAUGCCACAUCAAUGGAUGGAGGGCAACUUGCCGGUAUCGGCCACCUGUGCCGUUUGCAAGAAAACCUGUGGUUCAGUGUUGCGGCUGCAGGAUUGGCGUUGCUUGUGGUGUAGAACUACGGUGCAUGUAGCAUGCCGACCACAUGUUGCCAUUGCGUGCCCUUUGGGUCCGGCCAAAUUAUCGGUGGUACCUCCAACAUGUGUACAUUCCAUUGGUAACGACGAUUCAUGGGAUGUUGCCAGUCCCAAGGGAAACUUUUCCCCACUGUUGGUAUUUGUUAACUCGAAGUCGGGAGAUAAUCAAGGAGUGAAAUUUUUGAGAAGAUUUAAACAGCUUUUAAAUCCAGCUCAAGUAUUCGAUUUAAUAUCAACAGGACCAGGACUGGGAUUAAGGCUGUUCCGACAUUUUGAAAUGUUUCGUAUAUUGGUGUGCUCGGGAGAUGGAUCGGUUGGAUGGGUACUAAGUGAAAUCGAUCGUUUCAAUAUGCAUAAACAAUGUCAAGUUGCUGUAUUGCCACUUGGCACGGGCAAUGAUUUAGCUCGUGUCCUAGGCUGGGGUUCAUCGUGUGAUGACGAUGCCCAUUUGCCCCAGAUAUUGGAACGGUAUGAAACCGCCAGUACCAAAAUGUUGGAUCGUUGGAGUAUUAUGGUCUUUGAAAAGGCCAUUUCCGUUCAACCGAAAAUGCCUAAGAUGUCUUUGUCCUCCGAACAGGAAGCCCUGCUGACGGGCAUGAUUACAUCGGCAAAUGAAAAUCUUCGUUCUAUUGUGGAGACAGAUGAUUUGCCCACAUUGAUGUCGGCUACGAAAACUCUCUGUGAAACGAUUGAUGACCUCUUGGAACGUAUGUGUGAAAAUCACAAGGAAGAUGAUCAGCUGACCGUGAAAUGUGACAUACUGAGGCAGAAGGUUAAUAUGCUGUUGGAUGCCUUAAAGGAGGAGGAAAAUGGCUCACACAAUGGCGAUGAAUUCUUAUCGACAAUUAAUAAUAUUAUAGCCAAAUCAGCACCCAACUCACCCAUACUAUCAACAUCUUCGUCUAAUUUAUUAAAUCCUAACAUAUCAAUUGAAAAGAAUGAAAAGGAUCAAUUAAAUUUAAAGGAACGACGCAACAGUCGAUCCCUACGCGGCACAGAACGUGAGGCAUUACAAAGUCGUGCCAACAGCGUUAAACGAGCCAUGUACAAUGUAGUCGAACACUCAGAACCGGGACGACCAAAGCGUUAUCAGCGCCGUUUAUCGGUGACACCUUUCGAAGCUUUGAAAAUACCAACCACCACCUCCAGUGAUUCAACACCCUGCACUUCACCCUUACCCAUUAUACCACCCAUCAAUGUAAUAUCACCCACCAUGGAAUCGUCACGUCUCACUUGCAUAUCACCAUUACCGGAUACUAGGCGUGAGUCCAUGGAUGAGCAUUUCUUCAACACGAUUAGUUUGCCAGUGCCACGGCAAUUCGCCGACAGUCGUCGCAGUUCUGGUGUACCAGAAGUCAUAGAGGAACAAGAAGAGAAUACCAAUGGAGAGAUAACGUAUCGUAGGACCCGACUUUCUUUGAGUGGAGGCGCCAAUAUUGACGAUGCUGGUAAUCGUCUGUCGCCUGGCAGCGAAGGUGCUUCUACUCCCGGCGAGAGAAAUUUCCUAACGGUGCCAAUUUUAACCAGCGAACAUAUGGUAGACCCCCUGUCCGAAUUUCGACCAAUUGAGGUAUUCGAACGAAACUAUUAUAUGAGCAAACAGCUGCACCAGGAUAAGGAAACUGAGCGGCCAAGUGAUAAGGUAGCCGGCGAGGCCCUGGUGCACACAUGCGAUCUCCAGGUACCCAGCAUUGUAGUAACGCAAAAAGAUCCUUGUAAUGUCUAUACAAGCGAUAACAUAACAAUAAUCGAUACAGAUGGGAAUACCGAGCAAUCAUCGGAAGAGGAAUUCCAAGGUGAACCCAGUGACGUUUUAUCGGCAAUUAGCAACGAGGAGUGCAGUGUGGCCUCGGAGAUAUUCGAUGGAAAAGAGCCACAAAUACCAGGUUAUCAAUUGGGAGAUAUUUUACAGAAUCUCGAUUCGAAUGAGUUUACCCACAUCGAUUCACCCGAAACAAGUGAUGAAACCGAGAACAUUCCUGGUGAAAGUCUUAUGGAUGAUAUCAGUUCGGUAUUGGGCCACGACAUAACCUAUGCCCUGCAGGAUAACACCAUAACGGAUGACACCACCUUAAUGUGCUCGGAGAGGUCGAUGAUACCACCACCAAAACCGGCAAGAGCCAAACAGGUUGCCAACAGCAAUAAAGUUAAUCCUUCACCACCCCGAAUACCGAGUCUAGCACGCAUGGAUAGCGAUGACAAUCCCCAACAAUUCGGCUUUGAGAAUAUUGUUUUUGAAAUUGACAAUCGUUGUGACGAUCAAAAGAUCCGAGAACCGCCACGUUACUGCUCUCUGGCACAAUUUGUUGAAGGCAGUGACAUUGCAAGGCAAAGUUUUAAGCGACCUAAAAAACGUUCUUCCCUUAAACAAACCAAUAAAAACAACACUUCGAAACUUGUAUCCCAACAGCAGUUAUCCUUAGAUGAAGCCAACAUCGUGUCAACGGCUGCGGCUAACAACGGUGUCAAUACCCUGACUACGACCAGCGGCCAUCAGCAGUCCGAAGAUGAUUUGUCUACGGCCACGGCCAUAAGAAUUGAAGUGAGCGACACGACCACCGUCACCAGUACCUCCUGUCUGAAGACUUCCCCCAAGAAAUCCAUACCAGGACAAGAUGUAAAGCGCAUAACUUUUGAUGACUCCUGUAAAAAAGAAUCAUUUGAUGAUGUUACUCCUCAUCACCCACAGAUAAGUGUUGUUGUCCGGCCACCCACCCCCCUGAGAGGCGAUGCCAUACGGCCCCUGAAUCCGGAUGCGUGUAGCAGUUUGUUGGCCCUACGUCUGCCCUCUGAAAUACGAAGGCAUUCGAGCCAUGCUACAUCGUUGACGGUGCGUGAAUUUGACAAGGACAAGGAUCGACGUCAUUCUGGCUUCAAUCCCAACUAUUUGAGCUUGGAUCCGGAACACAACCGUUUUCUCAACUCCUCGCCAGCCGCCAGUCGUAGGAUAAGCUGUGGCAGUCUAUUCAAGCCCAAUGAAGCCUUGCCGAAUCUGCAGAAUCUUAAGGGUUCCAAGACAAGCUUAUUUACCGGGUCCAGCAUAUUUGGAUUUGAUCACUUUGGCACUACACCCGAGAAAGAGGAGAAAGACAAAAAAGAAAAGGACAAGACGACCCCAGUGGAAGAAAAUCGCAAACUGCCGAUUAUUAAUCCGAUUGUGAAGCUACCGAAUUGGCCAAAUCUCACUGGAGGAGGUUCUGGAUUUAUUUCGAAAUGUCUUUUGGCCAAUGCUGAUACUUUGUGUGCAGCAGUCAGUCCUCUAAUGGAUCCAGAUGAGACUCUGUUGGCUGGCUAUCAUGAAAAAUGUGUCAUGAACAACUACUUUGGUAUCGGCAUUGAUGCUAAAAUCUCUCUGGACUUCCACAAUAAGAGGGAAGAGCACCCGGAAAAAUGUCGUUCCAGGGCCAAAAAUUACAUGUGGUAUGGUGUGUUGGGUUCCAAGCAGUUAUUGCAGAAAACUUGUAAGAAUCUAGAACAACGUGUACAAUUGGAAUGCGACGGUCAAAGGAUACCGCUGCCCUCUCUGCAGGGUAUUGUCAUUUUGAAUAUACCAAGCUUUAUGGGUGGUACCAAUUUCUGGGGCAACUCGAAAAAAGAUGAUAUCUUCUUGGCUCCCAGUUUUGAUGAUCGCAUCCUGGAAGUUGUUGCCGUCUUUGGUUCCGUUCAAAUGGCGGCUUCACGUCUUAUCAACCUACAACAUCACCGCAUUGCCCAGUGUCAAAGUGUACAAAUCAAUAUUUUGGGUGACGAGGAAAUACCCAUUCAAGUCGAUGGUGAAGCUUGGUUGCAACCUCCCGGCAUGAUACGAAUUUUGCACAAAAAUCGCGUGCAAAUGCUAUGCCGCAAUCGGAACUUGGAAGCCUCGCUUAAAACAUGGCAAGAAAAACAACGACAACAUAGCAUUUCCAUACAACGGGAUCAUUCAUCUACGGCCUCGGAACAUGCCACCUCCACGGAUGAAGUCAUUUCGGAACGUGAAUGCUAUGUACUGCUUAACUUUAUUGAGGCUGUCAGUUCGCUUAUCAAAUGGGUGAAAUUCUUGAUAAUAUCUCAUCCCACAUUGAGGCAUGAUUUAUAUUCGGUGGCCUGUCGUGCUCAAGAUGCAUUAGAAAGUAUACAUCCUCAAGGCAAGUUGUUGGAGGGUCCAUCAUUGCGCACCAAACUGGUUGAGGUGAUUGAUUCGUCGCGCCAGCUUUACGAUGAUGCUUGUAAUUUACUGCGAGAUCGUGGCCAUAGUUUGAUUUUGAGGGAGGAUCUUGAAAGUAAGCUGAGUGCUGCAUUGGCCAAUAUGGAAAUGGAAUUGAAGAAGUGUUCGGUGCAAAAAUGUGUAGAUGGCAAGUUAAGAGCCUAUUUCAAUGUGCUGGCGCCCAAUGAGGAGGGCGAUGGACGUCGUAAAUCACGAGCCUUUUGGACCCGUCUUCGUUCUGGCUCCACAGCCGGUCAAAACCAGUUCAAGGCACCUUUGACAAAUACUCGUGAAGCUGUCAGCAAUUGGAGUGUCAAUGAGGUGGUUACAUGGUUGGAGACCAUGCAACUAUCCGAAUACGUUGACAGUUUCCUACGCAACGACAUACGUGGCAAAGAAUUGCUCACACUUGGCCGUAGAGAUCUUAAAGAUUUGGGCGUCAUUAAAGUGGGUCAUGUUAAACGUAUAUUGCAGGCCAUCAAGGAUAUGAACGAGAAUUAA